CAUAUUAGACCUUUUAGUUCUCCUCGGGUUUAGGCUGCUCAAAUAUCCGAUGAGACAUUCAUCGCUAGCACUGCUAUCCUCAUUACUGUUAUUAUCUCUACCAACUUUUGCCUUUUGGCCUUUCAAAGAAAAGCGAUUCAAAGACGAGGCAUUCAUCAAUGCUGGACCUUUAGGGUUGAGCAAGCUUGGUGGAAGGGUUGCUGCUAUAGGAGACUGGGAUGGGGAUUCGAAGCUUGAUUUAUUUACACUUUCAGACGAAGCCAAAACAGUGCAAAUACAUUUAUGGAACGGCGAUAAGUACAAGUACAUCCCCUCACACACUCUCAGCCUUUCCGAGCGUAUAAUAAAUGUGGUCCCGGGCGAUUACAACCACGAUGGUCAUCUCGAUCUUCUUUUAAUGUACGAUAAGUCCGAAGGUGGAGGCUGGUGGGGAUCAAAAGUGGAGAGAUUAGGAAUGGGAGUAUACUUAGGAGGCGGGCCUGAUGGAGGUUUUCAAGAAGAAUCAUGGACUUUGCCACUGUCGACGCCGUCUCAACCAAUGGUAUAUGAUGCCGAUGGCUCGCUAAGACCGUCGCUUCUGGGUUACCAACCUACUGAAACAGGGGAGGGCGUAGUAUGCUGGAGGAAUAAUGGUACAGGGUUUACAUUGGAAAUACCUCAGUUACGGCCUAUAGAUCAGAUCUGCACCAUGGCAAAUCCGCAUAGUAGUGCAUUCGUUGAUAUUGACGGAGACUGCCUUCCAGACCUCGUUUUACAUUGCAGCCGAUCAAAGACCGUCAGUUUCAUUCAAAUAUGGCUCAAUCGUGGGGAUGCUGGAUAUAUCCUUGCUCGAUCAUAUGAUCUACCUUCUGGUAGCGGUCCGAUCUCUUUUGCCGAUACAAAUCGUGACGGCUCAGUAGAUAUAAUUUUCCCAACUUGUACUCACAAAUCAACUUCGACUGGGCUGGGUCGAGAUUGCAGCAUCAACAUUGCGCAAAAUAAACAGGUUCCGUUAUGCUCUACCGAGGGCUCGCAAUGGAGCACGGAUGGAUUGCUGAAGUGCAGAGGUUGGGGUGACAUGUGUUUGUCCGAUGAGAAAUUUGAGUUCAGCUUUGAUGAGUCUGAUCCCUCCUUUACCUCCAUUCCUCUCAGCGAACUACUUCCUGACUCUUCCAAUCCUGGUAUCCUUCUUCAUCCGCCUUCUGAUUCGUCCAUACCUCUCCCUCUUCGCCCUGGUGACUUCAACGUGGAUGGAUUUCCAGAUUUCCUAUUCGUCACGUCCGAUGAUACAAAAUCUUCGAAAAGCACACAGGUCAAUAUUUUGGAGAAUGUGCCUUGUGCAAAGGGAGUGAUCGGCUGUACGAAGGGAGUAAGAAGGGGAUGGAGAUUGGGACAUGGGAAGGGAUGGUAUGACUUGGAGGGGAUCACCGAUGCUGUGGGCGCUAGCUGGCUCGAUUUGGACGAGGAUGGAUCUCUAGACAUCAUGGUUCAACGAUCUGGGGACCAAAUCGGCCAUAAAGUGACUUUCAUUCAAAACAACUUCUAUCAUGAUGCAUUUUUCCUCAAAACGGAAGUUCUCAAUGGUGUUUGUGAUGGCAAAUGUGAGCCAGUGGCUGGCGGAAAGUCUUACAAUCCUCUGGGUGUCAGCUAUUCAGGAGCCACGUACAAGUUUACUGUGCUUGAUACCGCCGGACAUCGGGUAGCCCAGCAGGUGGCUCAACUGCCGCAAACGGGCUACCAUGCCUUGCAGACUCCUUACGCAUUUUUUGGGUUGGGUCGCACGAAUAACUAUGUUGAAAAACUGUUUAUCGGCGUAUCUCUUGCCCCUCCCAACCACAUCACUUUCCUGGAGUCUCUUAUUCCCAAUUCUCAAGUAAUAAUCAACCCUCCUUAUCCUGCUGCCAUAUCCAGCCCAGACGAGAAGAGAGAAGAGCCCCGAUCGCCAGUGAAGGCGCGUUCUACGGAGUGGAAGUCCCAGCUUUACUUGAAACCUGGUGAAUGGGUCCCUUGGGUGGGCGCAGCGGUCCUAGGUACGGUUAUCGUUCUGGGUACUGUUGUCUUGGGAUUGAAUGAGCGGGAAAAGCGGGAAGAUGAGAGAGAUAGACAGCGGGCAUUGCAUGCGAUUAAUUUCCAGGCAUUGUAAUCUUGUAUUAACCCAACCGUUGCUCGCAUCACGCAACGAUCGCAC